AUGGUUUUGGCGACAAAAUUAUCUCCAUCUGAGCUGGCUCCUGAGCUAUACACCCAAUUGAGCGUCGUGAAUUUCCGGGUUACUCCAGCAAGCCUUGAAGAACAGCUGUUGAAUCAGAUUGUUGCCCACGAAGCGCCACAUCUGGAAGAGCAGCGCAGUGUGCUCGUAACGAGUAUUGCAAAAGAUCUUGAACUUAAAGCUGCAAUUCAGGAAAAAAUCCUCCUGCUCUUGGCCAACGCCGAAGGCGACAUACUGGCGGACGACACAUUUCUCAACACCCUGAGAGACUCGCGCACAACGUAUGCGGCGAUUGAAAGACGUAUGGAGGAGGCUUCUGCCACAGCGGACAGGCUUGAGGAGACCAGGCAACUAUAUAAGUUGCUUUCUCAUCGCGGCACACUGUUGUACCUUGUACUGCGAGCUUUGUCCCAUCUUAACCCAUUUUAUCAGUGGUCCCUCGAGGCUUUUAAAUUUCAGCUACAGUCAACAUUGCAGAGCUGCCAAGAUAAAAGCGAAACCCGUGGGCAAAGCCUUCAGGAACUGUUCACAUGGGAGGUAUACUGCAGUACUUGCAGAGGACUCUUCGAGUCCCACAAGCUGGUCCUCGCGUUUAUGAUUGCCAAGGCCCUUGAUACUGAAGCAGGCAAUGUUCCGCGGAAAGUGCUUGAAUUUUUUUUGAGGGGAAUUACGGAGGAAAGUAAAGGCCAUGCAUGCCCUCCUCAGGUACGGCUUGGCAUGUUGAGAUCCCAUGUGCGUUUGCCGCAUUGCAAGACUCUUCUGUAA